AUGGACAGUUGCUCAGAAGCCGAUUGUACGGGCUGGCUUUCCUAUCAGGGCACACGCUAUCCAAAUCGCAGAUUAAACACCCCACCUCGCUUUCCAACCAGCAACACUCCUACAAGUCCCUACCCCCUCUCUCUUCUACCUUGUGAAACUGUACUGAGUGUGGAUUACUAAACUGAGGCAAAGCGGGGGGCUCUGACAGGCUCAGACCAGAAUGGUGAGGUGGUUUCAUCCCAACAUCACCGGGAUCGAGGCAGAACACCUCCUCCUGACGCGGGGUGUCCAUGGCAGCUUUCUAGCGAGACCCAGCAAGAGCAACCCUGGAGAUUUCACUCUCUCUGUCAGGAGGAACGAUGAGGUCACCCACAUUAAAAUCCAGAACUCUGGGGACUAUUAUGACCUGUAUGGUGGGGAGAAAUUUGCCACACUGGCUGAGCUGGUGCAGUACUACACCGAACAACACGAUUCCCUUCGGGAGAGAAACGGAGAUGUCAUUGAGCUGAAAUACCCUCUUAACUGCAAGGACCCCACAUCUGAGAGGUGGUAUCAUGGGCACCUCUCAGGUAGAGACGCCGAGAAGCUCCUCACAGAAAAGGGCAAGUCUGGCAGCUUCCUGGUGAGAGAGAGUCAAAGUAAACCCGGAGAUUUUGUGCUUUCCGUCCUCACUAAUGAAGAAAAGCACGAAAAUGUGGACCGCAAGACUAAAGUUACCCAUGUCAUGAUUCGCUAUCAGGAUGGGAAAUAUGAUGUUGGAGGGGGGGAAAGAUUUGACACUUUAGCAGAUUUAGUAGAGCAUUACAAGAAAAACCCAAUGGUGGAGAAGAGCGGAAUUGUUGUGCACCUUAAACAGCCAUUCAAUGCCACAAGGAUAAAUGCAGCAAACAUUGAAAACAGGGUGCGAGAAUUAAAUAAAGUGGCCGACAACUCAGAAAAACCCAAGCAAGGCUUCUGGGAAGAAUUUGAGGUUUUACAGCAGCAGGAAUGUAAACUCCUUUAUCCCAGGAAAGAAGGACAGAGACCGGAAAAUAAAAACAAGAACAGAUACAAGAAUAUUUUACCUUUUGACACCACGCGUGUACAAAUCAAGGAGGCGGAUCCUGACGUGUCUGGCUCUGAUUACAUCAAUGCUAAUUACAUACGAAGCAUGCAUGAAGAAGGCCAUCAUGUGGAUGAAGGUAAAGUGUUUAUUGCCACUCAGGGUUCCCUUCAGAACACCGUCUUAGACUUCUGGAAAAUGGUGUACCAGGAAAACAGUCAUGUUAUUGUCAUGACGACCAAGGAGAUGGAGAGAGGACGGAAUAAGUGUGUGCGGUACUGGCCAGACUUAAACUCAACGAAGGAGUUCGGGAAGAUCUGCGUGAAUAACAUUGAGGAACACACGGCUCAGGACUACAUACGCCGAGAACUGGAAGUCACCCGUCUAGACAGGAGAGAGCCUCCCAGAUGUAUCUGGCACUAUCAGUACUUGAGUUGGCCUGAUCAUGGUGUUCCUAAUGAACCCGGAGGGGUCCUGAGCUUCCUAGAGCAGGUCAACAGAACCCAGAGUACCAUUCCAGAAAGUGGACCUAUCGUGGUUCACUGCAGUGCAGGGAUCGGAAGAACCGGCACAAUUAUCGUGAUCGACAUCCUUAUCGACAUCAUAAACAGGCAAGGGUUGGAUUGUGACAUUGACAUCCCAAAGACCAUUCAGAGAGUUCGCCAGCAGAGGUCCGGGAUGGUUCAGACCGAAGCCCAGUACAAGUUCAUCUACAUGGCUGUGCAGCAGUACAUUGAUACUGCUCAGAAGAGACUGGAGGAAGAACAGAGGAAUAAAACAAAGGAGAGAGAAUAUUCUAAUAUCAGGUAUCCACCGAUGACAAAUGCCAGAGCAAAGCCAAACGUGAGCUCAUCUCGCUCUUCAUCUGUAAUGAACGAUGACUCUGGUGUGUAUGAGAAUUUAAACAUCAAAACUCCAAAGGGCUCUGCCAGCGCUAACACCAGGAGAUAAGGCACAUGGGCUGCCGUUUCAGAAUCUCUGGGAGUACCAGCAGAGGUGCCUUAGACGCACCUGACUUUGGAGCACCCCUGAACAACGACCCUGUGGAGACCGGCGGCUCCUAAACUGAAGCUGCUCAGCUGGAGAUUCCACUGAGAUCUCCGCAGUUUCUCUCUUCAUUUCCCACAUCCCCUCUCAGCCUGACCGACCGACUACGUCUGAGAAACUCAAACUCCAAAACCAAGUGCCUGAUGUGCGAACUGUUUGCACAAAGAGGACUCGGUGCUUUUCCCCUCCUUCUUGACUAAUAAGCCUUUACACUGCACUAGGCUACACGAUUGUUUGUAUAGGUAUCAUAUAUAUGAAAUAUAAAUAUUUACACUCAUUCAAUAUUUAUAUUGAAUAGAACUCGGAUGAAGCUGCACUCUUUCCAUGUUGUGUACGGCUGUUUCCAGACCUCGCUUUGUGUACUGGAUGUCGUCUACUGUAACCAAAGACCUUUGAUUUAUCGCUCAGUAUCUUACAGGCAGCGGGUCAUUAGCUCUCUGCUGAGUGAUGUCGGCGGCACGGUGAUGUCAGAAGAGGAGAACUGUAUGUCAGUCUCCCCCCUAUUUCUUUUAAUAAGGUAUGAGAGGUGAUGCAACGUGGUGUGAUGGUUGCUCAGGUCAAUGAAUUGGAUAUCUUAUGUAAGUUAAAUUAAAUAUACAGAAAUGGUACUGUGAGGUGGGGGUUAUACAGCAUGUGCCAAUGAGCAGCCUGUACAUGUUUGUGAAAGCUUUCGCUUCGACGCUGUUUUACUGAGCACUACCUUCAGCUUUUUAAAAAGCGCUACUGUCAAUCAUACUGUAGGCUUAUCCACCAAUCAGGUUGACUCUUCAACGGGUUCCUUCCUUUAGGCCUUCUAAAAAACAUCAGACGACAUGUUUUUUUAAAAGCUUGUUUGUUAAUAGACAUUUUAAUUUUCAACUAUGAUUCCUUUAGAAAUGUUUUCUCUGCUGUUGUGAUGUUUGUAAAUGUGAUCAUGAAAUCCACCACGUAUGCAGGUCUGUCCGGGAGGCAGAAAAUAUUAUCCACGUGUGCGUGCAUUUCUGUCACUUGACUUGAAUAUGAUGAGAAAUCUAAAUCUCUUUAAACAGGUUGUGUGUGUCAGUCUGAUUGAAAUGGCGUGUAAUGACAUAAAUAAGACGUGGAGCUCGACGUCAAUUGCAGGUCGUGAUUGCGCCGGGAAGGUCUUUGAAGGCGAAUGUAAAUGAAGAACUGGUUUUACUAAACAUCUGCGAGGGGGGAACGCCAGCCUUAAGCGGAGACUUUAGAAAAACGAGCAGGCCAGAUGGUCCUCGGCUAAGAUUAAAGAAUAGAUUUGUGUAGGGAAUAAAAGUAAUUGAAAUGAUGGCUGUAAUCCAGGCGUGGCUAUUGUUAGUUGAGGUUAACGUUUCUGAUGACGUCAGAAGAUGCUAUAUGUGUGGUGGCCUAGAUAAAGGAGGUCACGAUGUGUCUGAUUAUCACAGCGUCUGGAUAUGUGUUUUUAGUUGUACUGAAUUGUAGUGAUAAGGGGAUAUUUGAAUUUUGAAGUGGAGAAACAGUUGAAGCGUUCUUUAGAUUUGCUGUAAACUGAAUGUGAUAAUCGUUUGUAAUCGUACAUUUCAUCCGUUUUGAGCUACACAUUCUGCUGGUAGUGGAAAGAUUAUAUGAUCUGAAUGUCUGGUUGAGUAAAUAUGUGAAUAUGACUGAAUGAAUUUUAAUGUGAUUUAUGUAUUAACCCAUGGAGGAUAGGGGUGUGGGCAUGUCUUGAGCUACUGCAUAACUGAAAGCUUCGAAAUGGUUUUCUUGCUGUUUAAAUGCGUUUUAUUUGCCUCUGUGAAAUGGAUAAAGGGGUCAAAAUUGUAAGUGUUAAGUACUUGAAACUAAAAUGAAAUAUGCAAGGUAGCUUUUAGAACGUCUUUGUUUAGAAACGAUCUAAGGAACGUUUUUCUCCUUUGUGUUUUGCCAUUGAUGUGAGUUUUUAUUUUAUUGUCAGUUUUGGUGUCAAUUUCAUUUGUUUAUUAAUACACAGCUGGAAGUAUUCACGGCUAAAUUUACCACUGUACCACAGCUCAAUAUGGGUAAGGUGGAGUCAGGGACUAUGAGUGUUUUUUUUCUUCAAAAUCUCUCUUCAAACACAAAGAACCGGCUUUAGAUUUGAGAAGCACUGGUGUGUCUCCCAACUUCUCUAUGUACUCCCAACUUAUUAUUGGAUAGGAGAAAGGUGUUAGUGAUCACACAAUUGACUUUCUGUAUCAUUGCAGAUUUCACCCGACCACAACCCCACACGCUGGUUUCGUUGGUUCAGCCUAAAAUGCCUUCUGCUCUGGCAAAUACAGCUGAUGUAAUGACUCUUGUCUUAAAUUAUGAGAAAGGAUUAGAUAUGGAAUAAUAAAGUUCCAUUUCAAACGAAAAAUUCAAACGAAUGUUGUUUUUGUUUCGUUUCACGUUUUUUAUAGUGUAGUGUGAGCUAGUUAUGGUUCAUUUUCAUCAUGGUGUGGUUUGUAUCACACAUUUUAUGGUCAUGGUUUUGGUAUGGUUCUGUACCUGCUGUGUUUGAGAGGAAAUACUACUGCCAAAUCGAAGGGUUUCAUAACGGUUUCUUGAACUAAAUGCAGUACAGUGCAAACUCUGUAUAUAAUCAUUUCAGCGGCUCCAAACACUGGGUAAUUCUAUGUUCUAGGCUAUUCUCUUCAUGUUCUUCUGCAAGAUGUUUUGGUAACAAUUUUUUGCAUGGUCAAAUCUUCUUCAGUGGCAAAAACUCACUUGGCACUGAUGUUCUGAAGACUUACUAUACAAGUAUUGUUUUGCAAGUUGGGCAACAUGAGGAUGUUUGCUCUUAUUCAUCUUCAACCGUGCAUAUGGAUGUGCAUGUACAUCAAUGCAAUCUUCCUCCUCUUCUGUAAUCUUGCUAAAAGUCUUUGUAUUCUCAGCUGCUGAAAAUGGGGUAUCUGUGGAUCAAGGCACAGUGUUCUGUGUUUUUAUUUAGAGCGAAAUGAACUGAAAAGGUAUGGCAUAUUUGAAUAUUGUACUGGAGAAACAGUUCUUCACAUACCUUUGGUGUUGAAAAGAACCUUUUGGUUGAUUGACUGUGAUUUACAUACCUGUGAUUUAUUAGCCUAUGGGAGAAUAAAAUGGGCUGAUGUGAAGUACUGGAAUGGCAAGUAAAUUCAGUUUGAAAUGCAAUAUCUACACUACAAGGUAGUGUAAAGCGAGCUGUCAGAAUGUCUUUUUUUGUGUGUGCUUUUGCUAUCAAUGUUGUAUUUUGCAUUAUAGAGCUUUUUUAGUGUUUAAUUUCACUUGUUUGUUCAGAUUUAGCACACUGUAUGCUUAAAGGAACACUCCACUUUUUUUGGAAAUAGGCUCAUUCUCCAACUCCCCCAGAGUUAAUAAGUUGAGUUUUACCGUUUUGGAAUCUAUUCAGCCGAUCUCCGGGUAACAUGGCCGCAGCAGGCGAUUACGGCAGCAAACUUCCUUGAUUAUUACGCCGGAAUGGGAGUCUAGUUCCUAAUCAUAUCGGCCUAGAAAAUCGCAACUUUUCAUUUUCCGCCGGUCUUAGCACACGAUAUAAGUACAGAAGAGUCAAGUUUUAAAUAGGAAAAAUAUCGAAACUCUUUGGGCAUUUUUGAACGCGAUGCUACUGGUCUAAUUGGAUUCAAUGAUCUAUGCUAAGCUAUGCUAAAAGUGCCAUCACCGGACCCGGCUGAAUAGAUUCCAAAACGGUAAAACUCAACUUAUUAACACUGGGGGAGUAUGAGAAUGAGCCUAUUUCCAAAAAAAGUGGAGUGUUCAUUUAACAUUUGUCAUUAUUAUUAUUUGUAACAUUGGUAGUUGUGAAUAAAUACUCUGUUGAUGGUUUGAUCUGAAUAGUUUUGUGUUGACUGUAUUUGUGUUAAGAUUGUGUUCCUUCUUGCACUGGUUCAGCCUAAAAUGCCUUUUGCCCUGCAAAUACAGCAAAUGUAAUGACUUGCGUCUUAAAUGACAAUAAAAUAUUAGAUAUUUAAUAAUAAAACGUGCACAUUUGCAAUGUUUUUGUUUCAUUUCAUCUUGUUGCAGACAAACAAGUUUGGACACUUCUCCAAAGCAGUUUUUCAAGGUCUAUUCAAGUUUACAUACAGUUUUGUCAUAAAGAUAAUAGCGAAUACAUUGUUUUCUGUAUUUGUGUUAUCUAUUAACUGAAUCCAUUACCUUGCUUUACCCCCUUUAUCUAAAUGAUUUGCACAAGUACCUUAAAGAUGAAGGAGAGGAGAU